GACGCGAUCUCCCAAGGCUACGCACCGGACGGCGGCUUGUUCGUUCCAGAGAGGUUGCCUCAGAUCGGCGCCGCGGACUUGCAGCGCUGGCGCGGGCUGUCCUUCGAGGCUAUGAUAGGAGGAGCAGGAAAGGCGCACAGGUGCUCCAGAGGCCCGGCGACCUGGUUUUCCCCGCAGCCCCUUGCCGCCGAUAGCAAGUGGAGCGGCAGACCCUGCGAGCUGGCCAUGAAGGAGGCCGGCCGCCUGGGAGACUUCUGGGACGUCCAACCUGCAGAGCCCCAGCAGUACGUGCCCGCCUACCUCUCCGCGGCCCUCCCCCCCAUCACGGGGGAGAUGGUGGCGAAGGGAAACCCCCUCAGGGCUGCAGUGGUCCUGGGGGACACCAGUAACCUCUACGAGCACCUGAGCAGAUCCAAGCUGGCCUCGAGGGCAGAAGAAUUGCAGUUCCCCAGCCAGAUACUGAGCGUAGGCAUCAACCAGUACUAUGGGUUCCGGUUUGUCUCGAUGCAGGGGGGGACGAUCAUGAUGGGUUUCGUUGCGGGCGAGGGCGGUGCGCGGGGCGGGCGGUGUGCGGGCGGUGCGCCCCGCUUCCGCUCCCCGCCCGUCGUGGGCGACGAGCUCCCGGCGGCCGAGCUGGCGGAGGUCGCGCGCGGCUGCUACGCCGACUUCGCGUGCGGGGACGUGGUGCCGCUGGUGCGGGCCGCGGGCUCGGAGGGCCUCGCCAGCCCCGCUCCUGCCUUGCUCCUCGAGGUCGGGGACCUCCUCGUGGCGGAGCUGUUCCACGGGCCGACCUUCUGCUUCAAGGACCUUGGGCAGCAGCCCCUGGUCCGCCUGCUCGCGCGCUUCGCCGAGAAGCGGGGCCUGAGGCGCACCAUGCUCGUGUCGACCACUGGCGACACCGGGCCCGCCGCCAUGCGCGCCGUGAGCGACGCGGGGUCUUCCAGCCUUGGCAUCGUUGUGUUUUACCCCGAUGGUCAAAUCUCUGAGCUGCAGCGGAGGCAGAUGAGCACGGCGGCGGAUGGUUGCCGCGCGCGAGUGGCGCCCUUCGAGGGCGGCGGGGACGACAUGGACCUGCCGCUGAAGCGCUUAGGCGCCGACCGCGCGUUCGCAGAGGAGCACGGCCUGUGUGGGAUCAAUUCGUACAAUCUCGGCCGGCCGGUGGCGCAGACGGUGUUCUAUUUCUGGACCUACUUCCGGGCGCUAGACGAGCGCGGGCUCGCCACUGGCGCGGAGAUCGACAUCGCCCUGCCGUCGGGGGCUCUGGGCAAUCUGGCCGCGGGCUUUAUGUCGAAGCUGAUGGGCCUGCCCGUCCGGAAGCUGAUUGCAGGCGUCAACAGCAACGACAUCACCCACCGUACGAUCAGCAGCGGAGACUUCAGCCGCAGCGAGCGAAUGGAGAAGACGCUCUCCGAUGCCAUAAACAUCCAGGUGCCCUACAACAUGGAGAGGAUACUGUACUACCUGACGGGUGAGGACGCGGCGCAGACGGCGGCCUGGCAUUGUGGAGACCAAAAAGGUACCGAUACUGCCACUCCUCGGUUCUGACCAUGAUUUCGAGGUGAAUCCAGAGGUGGCGGUGAUGGCCUCCCAGGAGGCCCCAAAGAGGCGAACACGAGGGACGGGUCGCGGUAUCCUUACCGUUUCCUCCUCCGAGGUACGCCGAGAUCGAGCGGACGGGGAGCUUGGCGCUCCCGGAGCCGUGGCUGGCACGGCUCCGCGAGACCUUCGCGUCGUCCCGCGUGGACGACGCGGCCAUGUGCGCGGCGCUGCGCCGGGGCCUCCAGGCCCACGGCUACCUCUGCGACCCGCACACGGCCGUCGGCCUGGCCGCGGCGUGGGCGGCCCUGGGGCCCGCCGGCAGCGCCGUGCCGAUGGUGGUGCUGGCCACCGCCGCGCCCUGCAAGUUCCAGGCGGCCAUCACCGAGGCCGUCGGCGCAGAGGCCUGGGCCGCCUUCGAGCGCAGCGAGCGCUUCCCCGAGGCCGCCAGGCGCCUCAUGUCGCUCCCGGAGCGCCUGGAGCCGAAGCUGGCCCGCCAGGGGCCGCUGGAGGCCUCGCAAGCCGCCUGGGAGGCGCAGGUUCGGGCCAUGAUCGGCCAGGCCUCCGCGAGGCUCUGAGCGCUGGGCCGCCGCUUAGCGCGCGGAGGAGGAGGAGG